UCUGCGGCGCUUACUAAAUUCAGACUGCGUGAAAACAAACACUUUGUCAGAACUUUACUCUCUGAGCGCAGUGGUUUCUCAACACUUCUUUCGAAGGAGAAGCGGAUAACUCCGAUCUCUUUGGCUUGUACCUUGUAAUAGGUGAAUUACAACUUCAACGUAUGGAGCCCGGGCUUUUGGAAACCCAUGGAAAUGUAUGAUUCUUUGCCUAGAAGGAGUCCGUUUUGAAAUCUUCAGGGAGUCAACACGUGUGGCGCAAAUAUGUUUAUUGGUUUUCUCGACCAGUGACUGUCAUUACAAUUGUCUGUCGGUAACUUAGAAACAACCCAGGAAGAGAGCGUCAGACGGAUGUUACAUUAUGAGUCUCGCGCACGUUACAAAGUAGCUUUUCUCUGAGAGCUCUAAAUUUCCCCUUUUUUUUAAUUUAUCUUUGAGAACUAAUGUUCUCAUUCUUUUCGUGGUAUCACUUUUUGACAGUGCGACUCGCCAUUUUCGCGAAUCACUUUGAAAACACGAAGGAACGGACAUUUGUGAUUUUCCCAAAAGGAUACUUUUGUGUACUUUUCUAACUGAAGGAAUAACCAAACAGAUUGUCCCAAUGGGAACUCAAGGACCAGGAAGGAAAAGGAUUCCGAAUAGGAAUGGGAUGACCGCCGAGGAAGAUGCCUUGAACAUUAUCGCAAGAGAGGCGGAGGCCAGGCUGGCUGCGAAAAGGGCAGCCCGGGCGGAGGCUCGAGAGAUCCGUAUGAAGGAGUUAGAGAGACAGCAGAAGGAGGUGUCAGAUGAUGAUGAACGGAUGUCAGUUGGGAGCAGGAGCAGUUUUCGGGUGGAUGACAAGUUAGACCGAGACUACAUGGAAAAGGGGUCUUCUCGAGCCUCCACACUGUCUGCUGCUACGCUGGCCUCACUGGGCGGCACCUCAUCCAGGAGAGGAAGUGGUGAUACGUCCAUCACUGCUGACACAGAAGCCUCCAUACGGGAAAUAAAGGAGAUACAUGAGCUUAAGGACCAGAUUCAGGAUGUGGAGGCCAAGUACAUGCAGAGCCUCAAAGAAGUCAAGGAUUCCUUGUCAGAAGUUGAAGAGAAGUACCGGAAAGCCAUGGUAUCCAAUGCCCAGCUGGACAAUGAAAAGUCCAACCUGAUUUACCAGGUGGACACUCUUAAAGACUCCCUCAUGGAACUGGAGGAGUUGCUGGCUGAGACCCGGCGCGAAUAUGAGGAAAGGACAAAGGAGUUAGAGCGGGAGAAACAUGCCCACGGUAUACUCCAGUUUCAGUUUAAUGACCUGAAAGAGACUUUGAAACAGAGUGAAGAACUACUGACCGCCUUAGAGAGGCAGAAAGAGUAUUCCGAUGCCAUUCGGAAUGAGAGGGAUGAACUCAGGGAUGAGGUGGUCCAGCUGAAAGAUAUUCUCAAGGUACUGGACUGCAAACAUGGCAUUGUCCUUGGUCCUGACCUCACUACAAAUGGGGAUAUAGGGGAGACUGAUGGGUCUGCUGGCACAGACCAGUCAGGCCAGAACUCCCAGACCUCCUCCUCAGAGGUGCGAGAAGGAACCAGUAUAUUGGGCACCCAAAAGUUGCGGCCGGGUAAAGAUGAAAAGUUGAUGGCCGGCACAGAAGAGCAAGAUCAUCAGCCAAAGGAGUUGGACGAGGAUGAAAAUGGGAAAGAGCCCACACCUGUCUGUGAGGUUGUUCACGCGGGUGCUUCUGAGGACGGUGUAAAUCCAGACAAAUCUGAGAAUGACAUCGAAGAACCUCAGACCAAUGAAAUGACAGUCCACGACUCUGAGGUCCAGGAAGUUUCAACGGGAUCCGAUGUCUGUAUUACAGCUGAGGGAGAGGCUGACCUUGGUAAAACAGAAGCUGAUAGGAUUGGGUCAGAACAUCUUGAUGUUCAAUCUGAGAAACCUGUAGAAGCAGCUGAGCAAAAUCACACAGAAUCUACCAAAGUCAGUGAAGUUACUGAGGAGAACAAGGCAGUGGAGUCGGAGGUGAACGUGGGCUCCUCGGAGGUGGUUGCUGAAGCGCCAGAGGUGACAAAGACAGAGGGAGAUCAACCGGGCGAAGAUGUGUGUGCAGAUCCAAGCAAACAAAAGGCUGGAGGAUCACAGAAAGAGAUCAAGGCAUCGCUGCCCCAAGAUGGCAGUGCCUCAGGCAAGAAGAAAAAGAAGAAGAAGAAAAAGCAGAAACAGAAGCAUGGCAGCGAUAAAGAAGAAGGUGUUGCAAAGGUAGAGGAAAAGAGAGAGGAGAGUUUGAUUGAGGAUGAGCAAGAACAGAGUUUAGUAUGCACUUCUGAGAUGAACCUAGAGUCAGAUAAUGUGGAGCCCAAUAAAGAAACACAAGAAGAGGUCGAGUCAGAAGUCAACCCUAAAGAAACAGCUGUAGCUGAAUCAAAUGGUGAAGGAAAGGUGGAUGUGAAACCAGGUGUUGAGACCAUGGAUUCUGAGAAACUAAAAUGCACCAAUCUGAUGAGCGCUGAUGAUGCAGGAGACAGCUUAGAAGCAGUAGCUGAUGUUUCCCCUCCAGUAGAACAAACAGAACCCACAGCAGUAUUGGAUGAUCCUGCCAACACCACAGAAUCCAAGGCCAGUACUGAUAUCCCUCCUGGCAGUGAUGAAUACCAGUCCUCUCCUAGUGACCUCACAUGCAACCCUCCAACCACAUCCUCCAGCAACACCCAAACAGACCAUGACGAAUCCCACCCAGUUACCGAUGAUACUAACUCAGUAACCCCACGUGAUUCAGAGAAUCUUACUACCACAGAGGUUUCUGAAUCUAUAACCGGUGCUGAUUCUCCAGUAGACACUGUCGGAUCAUCCCCUGGCCAUGAUGCUGCCAGCUCAGAGCCCACAGAAAGUACCGAAAACUGUAUGGAUUCAUCUGAAUCUACCAGUAAUUUAGAUUCCAUCAAGAAUGUUGAGGAGGAGAAAGAUGAGAAGGGCGAGCCCCAAGUGGUUGAACACUCAGAAGAGUCAGGGAAGACGGAAGCUGAUUUGGAAAGCCAGACUACAGAUCCCGAAGGCUGUGUUUCCCCUGACAUGGAUGUCAGCGCAGCCCUAGUCCAAGAGCAGCUCGACUCCUCUGAUGUCAAAGAGGGAGAAGAAAAGGAGCAAGAGAAAGCCGAGCCAGUCCUUACAGAUACGUGCCAGACCCCCCCGUCCUGCACUGAAAACUGUGAGGAUGCAGAGAAGGCAAGUCAGGAAAAGGUGAUCGGAGAUUGUACAGACAUUGAAUGUGGAGAUCCUGCUGAAGAUGACCCAAGUGAUGCAAAAACGCAGCAAGAGGAUCUAGCUGAAUGCACUGAGUCUAGUCAGGAGAAUACAAUUUCAGACAGCCAUUUGGAUACUCCAGAGAAAGACACAGAGUCCCAAAGAGAAGAAGAAAAUGCCAACCCAGCACAACCUCAGGAGGUGACUGAGUCUCUGCCGUCCAGUCUCUGUGUAGAGGAUGCAGAUAGUUCAGUGAAAGACAAUUCAGUUGAGGUACACGAUGACCAAGAGCCCAGCAAGGAUAAUGAAGAAGUAGAAUCAUCGAAAGGUGAUGAUAUGGAUUUGGCGACAUCAACAGAUGUUUCCAUAACAAGCCCUCUCGAUCAACCAAAUGAGGGGAUGGCAGGGUCAACUGAAAAACUGGACGAGGGAAAUAGAACCCAGCAAGAGCACGAACAGAGUGAUUCUUCUCAGGAGAUGAUUCCACAACAUGAUGAUGAAGAGGAGGAAUUAGCGGGGAACCAAAACUGCCUCAAGAGAGAUGAUUCAGUGGAGCUAAUGCAUCAACAGCCUGCAGUGGAAGAGGAAAAGGCUGAUGAUGAGGAUGAUGGUUAUGGUGAUGACGAUGAUGAUGAAGAUGAGGGAGCAUCAUUUGACUUUGACGAAGCAGAUCUUGAGGCCUUGAAAAAUGUCGACGGACCAAGUAAAGAUCUGACAGAAUCAACAGUGGAGCAGGACCAAAUCCCUACCGAUCAUGAGCAGAGCAGUGCUCCACAGGAAGAGGGUUCGCUUGAAUCACUGAAGCCUGCAGUCCCAGACCCUGGACUAGAUGACCAGCAAGACACUGAUGAGAAAGAAGGUGAUGGCGAACCCAAGCAACUUGACGUGCAAGAGAAUGAUGACCGCACGACGGAAAAGAAGGAGUGUGCGGAGCCUGAACCAGCCAGGAGUUCACAGGAACUCAACAGUUCCCAGCCUGGGACCGUAGAGAAAGGGGAGCAGGUCAUCAGCUCUGCUGCCCGGAAAGGAAGUGAGGUCGCGGAGGAUUCAGGUGGACAGAAAUUAGAAGGGGAGCCUGAAAACAUAAAAACAGCUUCCAGAAAGGGGAGCAAGGGGAAAGGAAAAGGCAAGGGGAAAGAGGACUGUAAAAUGUCAUACACAGAAAUCCGCCUCAGGAAGCUUGUGGAUGAACGGGAGAGUUUAAUAGAACAGGUGAAGCGACUGAAAGGCCAGCUGGAGCAGAAGAAGCAGACGCCUGGGGCUGAGGGUGGCCCCAGCCCAGACGGAGAGGUCCUGGAGAAUGGCACCGACCCAAACAUAAUGGAAAUGCAGAGAGAUGCUAACAGGCAAAUCACUGACCUCAAGUUUAAGCUUGCCAAAGCAGAGCAGGAUGUCACAGCUCUGGAACAGAAUGUCACGAGGCUGGAGGGUCAGGUGACUCGGUACAAAUCAGCAUCAGAGAAUGCAGAGAAAGUAGAGGACGAAAUAAAGGCAGAGAAACGCAAGUUACAGAGAGAGCUUCGGUCAGCGCUGGAUAAGAUUGAGGAGUUGGAGGCGAGCAACAGCCAUUUGUCCAAACGGCUGGAGAAGAUGAAAUCCACACGCGGAGCUGCGGUGACUCCUUAAUGAUCUCCAUUUUCUCCCUUCUCCUCCGCGCAACUCCCGCUGUGCUCCUCAGGGCUGCCUCUAUCUCCUCACACAGCCUCACGACUCAACUUCUCCUCACAGUUUCUCCUCACAAGACGAUAAAACACAGACAUCACAUCAGCCUCCAGCUGCAGAAUGCAAACCGAUACACUAAAAACGCAAUAGUGCCAAUUUUUCAUAUUCCUUAAUGUUUUUAAGCGUUUGUUUUAAAAUGACUACUUAAGCUUUCCCAAACUUUCGGAAAUUGCAGGACAUGCAGGACUUGGGUGAUUCGGGAAAACUUUUGUGUGCCUCACUUCAUUGAGAAAAACAAAACAAAAAACAACAACACACACAUAAACAAACAAACAAAAGUCUAUGAAGCUCACAAUACUAGAACAUGACUUCAGACUGUGUGAACGUCACCUCAGUGUUGCAAACCAGCCUGAAGCUCAGGACAGGCAGGACUCUUGAGAAAAGGCCCGGAGGAGGAGUUGGUAUGGAGAGAGCAUACUGCCAACCACUGGGAUGUGUCACGUGACAGAGCGACAAAAAGCAUGGACAGGUUAGUGUUACUCUGACAGACCCAGUGUCAGCCAGGUGCCGUCGUACGCGAGGACGAUGCGGGCAGACAAAAAGCUAUGCAGCUCUCUUAGAUGAAUGUGUUAGCGUGUGUGAAUGCGUUCAAGAGGUUUUGUUUUUUUCCUCUCUCUAUCUCUCUCUCUCAAGGGACGUUUUGAGUUAUCUUGUAAACAGAAAUGUUGAAUCGCUUCGUCCAAAGCCAAAGUGUAUGAGUCACUAAAGUCUUCGAGAAUCUUCUUGUUCUUGUUGUUGUUGUUGUUGUUGUUGUUGUUAUGUGGGUCUUGGUGUCUUUGAGACCAGUGGCCCCUGCUGUGUUAAACAUCUGGUCCAAGAUGAACUGAUUUUGUGUAAUACUUAUAUCACAAUGAAUGACUCUUGUUGCACAACCUGUAUUUUUAUCUGCACUUGUAAGCUCACCAGCUUUCCAUUUUCAGACUGUGUUCAUGCUUCAGGGUGUUAAAGGCUAUUUUGUGAUUAUUUUUUGUGUGUGUGUGUAAGUAAGAAAGAACUAAGUUAAUGAAGAAUCACCUGAAGUUUGAUCUUUUUUUGAAUGUAUCCACUGUUGUUCAGUUACGGUCCAGGUGCUUGUUACUGAAAGACAUUCAACUAGGAGUGUAUUGAAGAUGCAUCAGUGUUUAGCUAUGUUCCAAGUGAAAUGUGUGUUUCCUCAUACAAGCUGAGAGAUUCUUUCAGGGGUAUAGACGCUCUGUUUGAUCUCAAGCUUGCCUUUAACCGCUAGAGUACCAUUGAAAAACGCAAAUGUAUCCCGUUGAACGUUCAGUGCAAAACUUCACUGUUCAGUCAUCCUGAAUAUCCAGUUUGAUUACCCAUUGGAUUCCUGUCAGUCACAUCACACCGAAGCUUGGUUCUGUCAGGUUCAUGUGAGGCACAGGUGAUUACAACUAGUUACACUGAAGGUCACAAAUGGAUGUAACUCUUUUUACACACUCGCUGUUAAGGGCAGGAUGAUGAUGAUGAUGGUG